AACAAUCCUGGUAAGUUUGUGCACGGAAAAAGAAGCUUGACAAUUAAGUGAGUGGACCCGUCACACCUCCAUUAUGUUUCUGAGGCCAAUAACAAUAGUAACUUUCAGCUAUUUGAUUCAAAGCCUCGUAGCGAACAACUGUACCCUUCGCAUGGAUUCGAUUCAAGUGGAAGCGAAUUUCACCAUAGAGAGGUAUUUAGGCCAGUGGUAUGAAUUUGAGUGGAUGUAUGAGGGGUAUUUAGAUCCAGCGUCAGUAUUCCAGGACUUCGCACACGUAUACAGGAGACAACAGGACGGUAAUAUUACCGACACAACACGUGGAAGAGAUCCAGCUAAAAGCCACGGGUGUCUCCAGUUUUCUUCCACCAUCUACCUUACAGACACACCGGGAAAGAUGUUGUUUAAUUAUUUAAAUCAAGGCAACAUAGGAAAUUACUGGGUAGUAGAGACAGACUAUACCAACUACUCAGUGGUGUAUAAUUGCAUUCAACUGAAUCCUGACGACACAUGUAAGACGAAUCAAGCAUGGGUGUACAGUCGCCAUCCCAAUCUGUCAGACGAUUUGAGGGCGAGAGUUAGUCACGUGAUAGAAAAUCUGUGUUUGAAUGAAACAUCGUUUUAUAAAACCACUCACAAAAAUGACUGUUCUGCCGCGCCCAAUUUGGAUUCCGUUGUUGGCUGAUUUCAAAAUUGCUGUACAUGAAUCAUGUUUUAAAAUAAAUGAUUUUUCAGGCAA